AGUAUUAAUGCAGAGACGGGCCGCUUAUACAUAGGCUCUGAAAAAGCAAUCAGAUGAGAAAACAAACAAACUAAUAAAUAUGGUAAGUUGCUUUUAGCAUUGAUUAGUAUGUGUUUGUAUUCAUAUGGAAAGAUGUGCUCUCUCUAUCUAUCUCUCUCUCUGUUGCAUAAGAUAAGAAAGGUGAUUUGCAUUAAGGAUAUUAUCAUUAUCGUAAUAAAAAUAGGAAAAAGGGAAAAACACUGUCGCUAAGUUUCUCUAUUUCCAUUUUUUUUUGUUAAAUUGUCUGUAAUUAUAGUUAAUAGUAGGAUAGUUUAGUCAAAUUACGGCCAGACAACGAUGAAUAAACAGGAGGAAUAUCCGGAACUGACGGAAGAACAAAUAGAAGACUUUAAAGAGGCUUUUAGUCUCUUCGACAAGAACGGCGACGGUUAUAUAUCUUCGAAGGAAUUAGGAAUUGUUAUGAGAUCGCUCGGCCAGAAUCCAUCCGAACAGGAGCUAAAGGACAUGAUCAACGAAGUCGACGCUGACGGCAACGGAAGUAUCGAUUUCGAGGAAUUUAUACACAUGAUGGCGAGAAAUAUGAAGAAUCCCGUUGACGAAGAAGUGGAAUUGAGGGAAUCUUUUAAGGUAUUUGAUAAGAACGGCGACGGUUAUAUUUCCGCAGCCGAGCUAAGGCACGUCAUGACAACAUUAGGAGAGAAAUUAACGGAUGAUGAAGGGGCUUACGCACCCUUUACAGUUGAUGAAAUGAUAAGAGAAGCCGAUCUGGACGGAGAUGGUCGCGUUAAUUAUGAAGACGAUGAAGAAGGUGAUGAUGGUGAUGAUAAUCAUAAUGAUAAUUAUGAAGAUGAAGAAAAAUGA